CCCGAGCCCCAGCCGAGCGGAGCCGAGCCCGAGCCGAGCGGACUUCCCCGUUCCUCCCCAGCCGCAGCUGCAGCCGCGGGAGCAGCGAGAGCCGGAGCAGCACGGGCAGCAGCAGGUGGUGCUCAGCGGCAGCAGGUGGUGCUCAGCGGCCCCCCUUCCUGGACCAGACCGAGGAGGACCAGAGAUGGCCCACCUGGGCAUGGCGACCAACUGUGCCCGCCUCCCGCCGCUCGGGGCCUUCCGGCGGCUGAGCUCCCCGCCGGCGGGCACGGGGCAGCUGCACACGGGCGCCUGCCACGCCAAGGACCACUACCGGGUGCUGGUCCUGGGAGGGGGCAGCGGCGGGAUCACCAUGGGGGCGCGGAUGAAGAGGAAGGUGGGAGCCGACAACGUGGCCAUCGUUGAGCCCAGCGAGAGACACUACUACCAACCCAUCUGGACUCUGGUGGGGGCCGGGGCCAAGGCCCUGGGCCCGUCCGGGCGGUCCACGGCCAGCGUCAUUCCCUCGGGCGUGGAGUGGAUCCAGUCCAGAGUCAGCGAGCUGGAUCCCGACCGGAACCGCGUCCGCCUGGACAACGGGCAACAGAUCUCUUACAAGUACCUGGUUGUUGCUCUGGGAAUCCAGCUGGAAUUCGAGAAGAUCAAAGGGCUGCCCGAGGGCUUCUCCUACCCCAAGAUCGGGUCCAAUUACUCGGUGAAGACGGUGGAGAAGACGUGGAAGAGUCUGCGGGACUUCACGGAAGGCAACGCCAUCUUUACGUUCCCCAACACGCCGGUCAAGUGCGCCGGGGCGCCCCAGAAGAUCAUGUAUUUGUCAGAUGCCUAUUUCCGGAAGACAGGAAAGCGCAACAAGAGCAACAUCAUUUUCAAUACCUCACUGGGAAAGAUUUUUGGAGUGCAGAAGUACGCGGACGCCCUCCUGCAGAUCAUCCGGGAGAGGGACCUCACCGUGAACUACAGGCACAACCUCGUCGAGGUCAGGGCCGACCGGCAGGAGGCCGUGUUCGAGAACCUGGACAGACCCGGGGAGACCACGGUGUUCCCGUACGAGAUGCUUCACGUCACCCCUCCCAUGGGACCCCCAGAGGUGAUCAAGAAGAGUCCCCUGGCAGACGCUGGGGGCUGGCUGGACGUCGACCAGGAGACCCUGCAGCACAAGAAGUAUCCCAACGUCUUCGGCAUCGGAGACUGCACCAACCUGCCCACGUCCAAGACGGCCGCGGCCGUAGCUGCCCAGUCUGGAGUCCUUGAUAAAACAAUCUCUUCGGUAAUGAAGAACCAGACCUCAGGAAAAAAGUACGACGGAUACACUUCCUGCCCCCUCGUCACGGGCUACAAUAAGGUGAUACUUGCCGAGUUCGACUACGCGGCCCAGCCUCUGGAGACCUUCCCCUUCGACCAGAGCAAGGAACGCCUCAGCAUGUUCCUCAUGAAGGCCGACCUGAUGCCUUUCCUCUACUGGAACGGCAUGCUCAAGGGGUUCUGGGGGGGCCCCGCUCCUAUCCGGAAGCUGCUCCAUCUCGGGAUGAGUUAGAUUGCCCGUGCUUCGCUCCCUCCCUCCUACCCCGGGCCGCAGCCGAAGGCGCCGUCUCGAAACCGCCGGCGCCGGAAGACCCCCGUCCCAACCCUGUGAAGAACGUUUAGCCCAAAGGGGGACCCCAAGUCAGAGGUCCUCUGAAAACCCACGUGACGCGCCCAGGUUCUCCAUUGGCCCGGAGAACAGAGGAGAGAGCUGUCCGCGGGGGUGUUCCCCACGAGGGGCCCACCGUCCCUACGAGCGAAACAUCGUAAUUUAUUUCCAGAAAUCACACGUUUCGGUCUUUAAAGGUGAACCCCAAAUUCCUAUCUCUCUGUGGUAUGCCAAGCCCAGAUCUUCAACCCGCCGAGUCUUAUUUUGGCAACGGGGACACCCAGAAGCAAACCGGCCAAGGUUCAUGCCCUUAGCUCCCGGGCAGAGAGAAAGCCGUGGUGCGCGCAAACCGAUGGCAGUGUUCCUCUGAGCACAUUAAAGGGUGUGAACGAAUCUC